AUUGUCCCUCUGCGCCCGCCGUAGUAAUUUCUGACGACAGUUGGGAAACAUGGCUGCCAGAGGAGGAAAACAGAGCCGCUCGGGUCUGUCGGGUAGGAAAGGCGCGGGUGAGCAGGAUGAGGAGGAACCGCCGCUGCAGGCCGUUUUAGUGGCUGACAGCUUUAACCGAAGGUUUUUCCCGAUAACCAAGGACCAACCGCGGGCUUUGCUGCCUCUCGGUAAUGCUGCCAUGAUCGACUACACCCUGGAGUUCCUGACCUCCACUGGAGUCCAGGAGACCUUUGUGUUCUGUUGUUGGAUGGCCAGCAACAUCAAGGAACAUCUACUGAAAUCAAAGUGGUGUCGACCCACCUCCCCAAACACAGUCCACAUCAUCACCUCAGACCUGUACCGCUCCCUCGGUGAUGUCCUCAGGGACGUUGACGCCAAGUCCCUGGUCCGAUCUGACUUCGUGUUAGUUUACGGAGACGUGGUGUCUAACAUAGACGUCAGCCAGGCGCUGCAGGAGCACAGGCAACGGCGAAAGAUGGAGAAGAACAUCUCUGUGAUGACCAUGAUGUUUAAGGAGUCGUCUCCGGGUCACAGAUCCCGCUGUGAGGAAGAUGAUGUCAUCGUAGCUGUGGACAGCAAGAGUCAGCAGAUUUUACACUACCAGAAGACGCAAGGCUUGAAGAAGAUGCAGUUUCCCAUGAACAUUUUCCAUUGUGGAACGGAUGAGUUUGAAAUCAGACACGACCUCCUGGACUGUCACAUCAGCAUCUGCUCUCCACAGGUUGCUGAGCUCUUCACCGAUAAUUUUGACUACCAAACUAGGGAUGAUUUUGUUAGGGGAAUUCUGGUCAAUGAAGAGAUUCUGGGCAACCAGAUCCACAUGCACGCCACCAAGGACGGUUACGGCGCGCGCGUGUCCAACCUGCUCAUGUAUGAUUCGGUGUCAUCGGACUUCGUGCGCCGAUGGGUUUACCCGCUCACGCCCGAGUCCAACUUCACUGACCGCGAAGGGCAGAUCUGCACAUAUUCCCGGCAUAACGUGUACCGGGGCUCCGGGGUCAGCCUGGGGCACGGCAGCCAGAUGGAGGAGAAUGUGUUCAUCGACCGCGACACGAGCAUCGGCGCCAACUGUUCCAUCUCCAACAGCGUCAUUGGUAACAACUGCACUAUAGGAGACCACGUGGUCUUGGACCAUGCAUACAUCUGGAACGACGUCCACAUUGCGAGUAAUGUGGUGAUCAGCCAGUCUGUGGUCUGCGAUAAAGUCCAGGUCAAACAGGGUGUCACUCUGAAUAAACAGUGCGUCCUGGCCUACAACGUGGUGAUCGGACCCAACAUCUCUCUGCCAGAAGGCACUGUGGUGUCUAUGCAUCAUCCAGAGGAGGAAGAGGAGGACGACGAGGACGAGUUCCUCAGCGACGAUGCUCAAGUUGACCAAGGCAAAGACAAAACCAAGCAGAAAGUUUUCAACCCAGCGGAGGUUGGAGCUGAAGGAAAAGGUUACAUCUGGAGAGCCAGCAGUCUGGAUGACACGGAGGAGGAGGAGCUGUCGCAUUGUCUAUGGGGUUUGGUGUUGAAGCCGGAUCCUGAGAGCGACAGUGAGGACAGUGAGCCGGACGGUCCCGAUGAUCCAGUCAUUCCCUCUCCUGAGAUGGAUGAUGUUAAAGUUUUCCAGAUGGAGGUGCUCGGGACCCUGCAGAGAGGUUUGGAGGAGAACAUCGGCUGCGACAACCUCGUCCUGGAGAUUAAUUCUCUCAAGUACGCCUACAACAUCACUCUGAAAGAGGUGAUGCAGAUUUUAACCAAAGUGGUUCUGGAGUACCCGUUCCAGCAGCAGGGCCCGCAGCUGACCCCAUCCCAAUACGUCAAGCUCCUCCUACCGUUGUUGAAGAAAUGGGCUCCGGUGUUCAAAAACUACGUGAAGAGAGCUCAGGACCAUUUAGACUGUUUGUCUGCGUUUGAGGAGCAUUUCCUGGAGCAGGAGAGCCACUGGACAGCGAUGGUCAAGGUGUUGAUGAACAUGUACGAGCUGGAAAUCCUGGAGGAGGAGAUGAUACUGCGAUGGUUCUCGCAGGGAGCCACCAACGACCAAAGCAAACAGCUCCGCAAGAACCAGGGGCUUCAGAAGUUCAUCCAGUGGUUGGAAGAGGCUGAGGAGUCUUCUGAAGAGGAUGGAGAGUGAUGAGAUGAAUCACAUCAUCUCUGUAAAUACUCCUGGGACUUAAGGGAUUCGGCUUAUUGCCUUUGUCCUCUGAGGCGAUGCUACAUGUGAGGACUUUGAGCACCAACUGUCCAAUCGGAAUAAAAAAAAACUCCCUUUGCCUGCA